AUGGACAGCGAUGGUGGUGUUGGCGCCUGGGUGACGCAAGAACUGCGUUUGUCUGUCGCCACGGCGUCGUUGUCAUUCAGCGGAAGCAGGGUUUCCGACUUGCCUGCCGACGUGGCAGACCCGCGACGAACAUCUUCUUGGAUUUUGAAGUAUGGAGAAUGCCCCUGUGUACUCAGCAUGGGCAGGGUCUGGGGAGGGGGGAAGUUUUGCAAAAUAGUUCUCAGUAAAGUUGGACCUAGCGCAGCAUCUGAUCCGGAGACAAUUGUGCUGGACCUCUGUGCAAACCGACCCUCCGCAGAAGACAAGUUCAGGGCUUUCUUACGACACCAUGUAAAAACUUCGAUGCAGCUGCGCCCAUCUCUGGGCCCCGAGGAGUACGAAUGGGUCCGAGAAGUUGAGUCUGCAAUCACUGUCACCGAACUCUGGAAAGCCUUGGUACGCGACUUCGACAGUGGCUUCUUACAAAUCAAGCGACGCGAGGAGCCCGAGAAGACCUCUUCCUACUCGCUUAAGUUCACUGAUACCUCGCAAGGUAGCGGCUCUGUGUGGAAAGUGUCGAAGGUCUGA